AUGUCACCGAAGAAAAAACAAAGCGUAAAUCGAACAGGAGUUUAUUAUUUGGCUGAUGAACAUCGAAAACUUUAUCCGGCUUAUUCACGAAUGUCAAUUCAUGAUUUGAUUAUACUUUUAUUACCUCGUUGGCGUUCAAUGACACUUGUAGAAAGAAAACCUUAUGAAGAUUUAGCUAAACAAUAUAAACGUACACGUAUGUUAAAUAAUGAAAAAGUUAUAACACCUGUUAUACCAUCUAGUGAAGAAGUAUUAUUUAUUGAAAAGAAUAGUACUGAAAAUAAAUUUUUAGAUUCAUAUUUUUCUACUGAUCUUAUUAAUAUAUUUAAAAGAAAUUUAUUUUUUGUAACAUUUCAAAUUUUUUGUCGAACUGAUGAUGAAGAUGGUGGUGAUUAUUAUCCAGCUGAAAUAGCAAUUAUGAAAUAUUCAUUUUAUGAAAGUAUUAAACAAGAAUAUUUUACAAUAAUUAAACCAGAAAAAUUUCCUGUUGGUUAUACUGGUACAGCUAUUGAUUUAUCUCGUGAAACACAUCAAAUUCCACCAUUUGAUUUUGUUGGUGCUAAUGGAGAUUAUAAACGAAUAUGGCAAGAAGUCAAACGAGUAAUUGGUGAUUCAAUUAUUGAUUCAUCUAUCAAUGAACCAAUUAUAAUAUUUUGUAAUGCAUUUGAACGUGAUCAAACAACUUAUCUUCUUAAUUGGCUUGUAUCCAAAGGCAAUAAUAAUGAACAACAACAAACAUCAAAACCUUUUUUUCGUAUUUGUUCAUUUGAAGCUUUAGCUGCUGCAAUACUUCGUCGUCUUGGUAUUGGUGAUUUUGCUCAUCAAAGUGUUCGAGAACAAUUACGUCGGCCUGUUUAUACAAUGCAAGUUAAAGAACGAUGUAUUUAUCAUGAUUCAUUAGCUAUACAAUAUUGUUCUCGUGCUAUUAAUCACGGUUUUAGUCUUUUUCUUGAUGGAUUUGUUCGACAACGGUUUAUUGAAUCAUUUUCUUCACAUGUUCAAAAUGAAAUAAUUGAUAAAAAUUUAUCAAAAUUAUCACCAAUAAAUAAUAUUAUGUGUGAAAUUAAAUCAAUAAGUAAUGAAUCAAUACUAUCAGGAAUCGAUUCAAUUAGUUCAACAUAUAUUGAAAAACAAAAAAAUUUACGUGUUUUAACACAACAACAAAAAACAAAUAAAUUAGAUACAAUUAAAUUAGGAACAAUAGGUUCAAAUGUAUUUGUUCAAUCAUCAUCAACAAAUGUUUCUUCUUCAACAGAUCAACAAAUAAGCAAUUUAUCAAUGAAGAACAAAUUAUUAAAAUUGUCAAAACAACGAGCAGCACCUUCAAUUGAAAUUGAUGGUCAUUGGUCAAAAUCUUCAUCAUAUAACAAUAAUACUAAUAAUGAAGAUCAAUAUAUAUCAACAGGUCGUGGUAUAAGAAAACCAGUCAAAUAUUCAUCUACAAUAAAUAGUAAUGAUUCAGAUAGAUAUAUUUUUGUGAAUAAUAUUGGUCGUGGUCGUCGUACUAGUUUUAUACCGUCGAUGCCAGGACUUUUCAAGUUAAUGCAAUAG